AUGUCGCUCCGAUCGCAAUCCCUACACCACCCGCAUUUCCAGGUCUCGUUUCCCCACGAGCGAGUGGUUCAAGUGACGUUGAACCGACCGGAGAAACUCAAUUGCAUCGAUCUGCCUACCAGUCGGGAGAUUCAAAAGGUCUGGGAGCUGUUUGACCAGGAUGAGAGCUUGUGGGUAGGCAUCAUCACGGGUGCGGGGAGAGCUUUCUGCACCGGAGCGGAUCUACAAGAGUGGAAUGGCAUGAACGAAGCCGGCGUCGUCAACGACAUGUCCCCGCCCGGCCUGGCCGGGCUGCCCCGACGGAGCGGCAAAAAACCGAUUAUCGCGGCCGUCAACGGCAUCUGCAUGGGAGGAGGGUUUGAGAUGGUGGCAAACUGUGAUAUGGUGAUUGCGUCGACGGCGGCCAUCUUUGCGUUGCCGGAAGUCAAGCGAGGCAUUGUGCCCGUGGCCGGAUGUCUGCCGCGGUUGACCCGGACGCUGGGACUGCAACGCACUAUGGACCUGACGCUGACCGGGCGGGACGUGGACGCUAAGACCCUCUACGAAUGGGGUCUGAUCACUCGGCUGGUGGAUGCGGGCGAGGACGUUGCGCAGGCCGCCGUCCAAAUCGCAGCCACCAUGUGUGGCAACAGUCCGGAUGCGCUGAUUGUUGGUCGCGAAGGUGUCCGGUUGAGCUGGGAAGCGGGCAGUGUGGAGGAUGCGGUGUCGACGCUGGCGGAACAGUCGUAUCCGCGCCUGGUGGAGGGCACGAAUUUUGCCGAGGGCAUUCGGGCGUUUGUCGAAAAAAGGGCGCCACACUGGACCAACUCGAAGCUGUGAAUGGGAUCCUCCGUACUCCGCAAUCAGAUAGCAGCCUGCCUUGCGGGUGAAUGUCGCUGCUACUCCGUACUUGCUCG